AUGUGGACACCUGCGAUCAAUCUUCUAAGUCUGUUGCUGCUUUGGCAGCCAGCAAGAGCAGACACCAAUGAUCAAACCUCCGCAAAGGUAGAGAGAGGUACUUUCGAUGACCCCGCAGCCCGACUUCGUCCGCGUUUCCGAUACUGGUUACCCGAUGCUGGUGUCGAUAUACAGACAGUGCAGGAUAAUAUCAAGUCUGCUGGUGCAAUUGGAGCCGGUGGAGUGGAGUUUCUCCCAUUCUACAACUAUGGGGGUCAAUUGAGCCCAGAGCCUACGGGUGCAGACUGGACCAAGGAUGGCUUUGGAACGCCCACGUUCCACAAGAUGUUUCUGGCCGCACUGGAGGCUCAUAAGGAGGCUGGCUUGGUGAUGGAUUUUCCACUUGGGCCGAAUCAAGGCCAGGGUGUGCCUGCUGAUCCAAGCGAUGAAGGAUUGCAGUGGGAUUUGAAACCCUUCUCUGCGGUUGUUACAAACGGCCAAUUUGAUGGGCAGAUUCCAGGAUGGGGUGCUGGUGAGCUGGUCGCUCUAGUCUCUGCUGAAGUACUGUCUACCAAGAACAUCAGCCUGGGUACCGGCAGCUCGUCUUUCUUUGGAUCAUCUCAAAGUUCAUACCUCUCUUUGGUGCUCAAAAAUGGCACUCUAGUUGAUUGGGCUAAGGAUGUGUCCUCGACUGGACAUGUUUCUCUCAAGUUCCCUUCUGAAUCAACCCAUCGCUUGUUUGCGUUCUAUCAGUUCCUGAGCCAGGAAAAAAAUCUGGAGUACAGCAGUGGCACUGGCAAGACUAUCUGGGAUAAUGGCUCGUAUGUCGUGGACCAUUAUAGUGCGAAAGGCGCACAGGUGGUGGCCAAGUUCUGGGAGAAGUAUAUCCUGCCUGAGGGAGUGAAAGAACUAUUGAUGGAGGUCGGAAACUACGGAUGGGAGGAUAGUGUCGAGAUCAGGUCAAACGUUUCCUGGACCCCAUCGCUUCCUGAGAUUUUCCAAUCAAAGUAUAGCUAUGACCUGAAGCCAUUCCUGCCAUUGGUCACGUUCAGAGGCAACAACAUCAACAUUCAGAGCUCCAGUCCUGGUGAAUUCUACUGUGUCCUCGACACUCCCGACCAGGGCCUUGGUUACCUCCAUGAUUUCCGCGGUGCGCUUGUGGAGGGAUACCGUGAUUACCUGGAAGGAUUGACCAACUGGGUGAACAAAGAGCUCAACCUGCAGAUGUCAGCUCAGGUUUCAUACAACUUGCCAAUGGAUAUGGAAGCCAAUAUUCCUUUCGUGAACGCCCCCGAAUGCGAAAGCCUUCAGUUCGAAAGCAACAUCGAUGGGUACAGACAGUUCGCUGGCCCUGCCAACUUGGCCGGAAAGCGAGUCAUUUCUAAUGAGAUGGGUGCUAUUAUGAUGAAAGCGUACAACUUGCAACACCAUGAGUUGUUGGGCUACAUCAACCGGGCCUUUGUGGGCGGCGUUAAUCAGAUGAUCCUUCACGGACAGUCAUACACUGGUGAUUACUACGGCACUACAUGGCCGGGCUAUACUGCGUUCGUGUACUUGUUCUCCGAGCUCUACUCUGAUAAACAGCCCUCUUGGAACCAUGGUCUUGGAGACGUCUUGAACUACACAGCUCGUGUGCAGUACCUUCAACAAUCAGGUGUACCACGUACCGACGUUGUCAUCUACAACAAGGUCUCCGGCACCAAUCCCAGCUUCCCAACGCUAUACUCAUCAAACGACUUAAUCGACGCUGGAUAUACCUAUACAUAUCUCUCUCCAGAUAACUUUGCCCUGCCCCAAGCAACGGUGAAGGGCAAUACCCUUGGUCCUGAUGGCCCCGCGUACAAAGCUAUGGUCAUCACAAGUAACAGCAACCUUACCCUGGAUGGCGUGAAUUAUAUCCAAAAGUAUGCCCGCGCAGGACUGCCGGUGAUUCUCAGUGGAGGUGACCCAGAUGUAUACGCAACACAUGACAGCAGAGAUGCGCCAGCUAUCAAACAAGCUAUCCAAACACUGAAGCAGUCCCGCAAUGUCUACAGCGUCUCCACUGGAAAGGUUGCCGUCAAACUCCAGGCCCUCGGUAUCCAGCCACGAGUUGCUCUGCAGAACAAUGGGACGUGGUAUGCAACCUGGAGAGAGGAUGCACAGAACGGCAUGGACCACGCCUUUUUGUUCUGCGAUGGUAAAGCUUCGACUGGUACCGUUUCCAUUGCCAGCAACAAGGCUCCAAUCUUCUUGGAUCCUUGGACUGGACAGACAAAGCCAGUACUCGAAUAUACUCGUCACGGAAACCAGGUUGUCAUUCCACUCAGCUUGGCAGCAAACCGGACAGUCGUGAUCGGCUUCAUCGACAGUUCCUCCAAGUCCAUUCAACACGUCACCCAGCUGCCCUCGUCUGUCGUUGGAUAUGACUAUUCUCAAAAGUCUGGGAUUGUGCUGCACCUCUCCGCUAGCGAGAACAGCCAGUCUCUGACCCUAUCAGACGGUAAGCAGGUGAAGAUCGCUGGUACGGAAGUAGCCAAGGCUUCCACCCUGUCCAACUGGACCCUCACGGCCGAACACUGGGAGGCACCCUCGAAUGUCUCUGAUGUUGACACGGUCGCCAUCAAGCACAACACCACCCACCAGCUCUCUUCUCUUGUAUCUUGGACGGAGAUUGAAGCUCUGAGAAACGUGUCCGGCUUGGGCUACUACUCGGCCAGUAUCAGCUGGCCCCCAACUGGUCAUGGCUCCGCAGAUGGAGCCUAUCUCAUACUUCCAGCCAUUUCCCACGCUGCUCGGGUGUAUGUAAAUGGUCAGAAGGCUCCUGCAGUUGAUUUCUCAGCUCCGCGGGUGGACCUUGGUCCAUAUCUGAAGAAAGGUUCCAACCAGAUCACUGUUGUCGUUCCGACUACCAUGUGGAAUUACAUUCGCAGCAUUGCGGGUGAGGUUAAAUCUGGGGGUACUCCGCUGGAGCUGCUUUUUUCGGCUUUUGGUACUGCUAUUCCUCCCGUCACUGAUAAUGGCCUGGUUGGGACUAUGACGCUGGUGCCUUAUGUCAGCGUGCGUUUAGAUUAG